AUGUCUCCGGCUCCACCGCCAUACACUCCAGGUCCAGGAUUUGUUCAAAAUUCGUUUGAACCUCCAAUAUAUGCAGCACAGAAGGUAACAGUUAUGGCUGCAGCUCCUGUCCUUGGGGCUCUCACGCCACAGAAAGCCCCCAUGACUGUGUACAACCCGGUAAUGCCCUUUCAAGCUGUUUUUCAGAAGCACUUUGGCAGAAAUGGAAAUGUCAUUAUCAUGGGAAAUAUCGCUUAUGGGGCAGACAAGUUUCACGUGAAUCUCUUAAACAGCAGAACAAGGAAUAUUCAGCUUCAUAUCAACCCUCGUUUAAGAGAAGGAGUAAUAGUAAGAAAUACUCAAGACAGAGGCAAAUGGGGGCCUGAGGAAAGACAUAUGUCCUACAUGCCAUUCCACCCUGGGCAAAGCUUUCAGCUGGAAAUCAGGAACGAGGGAGGCUCUUUCGGGAUCUAUUCUAGUGGAACAAAAUUAUUCGACUAUGUCCACCGCCUACCUUUCCACCAAAUUGACAUGAUUGAAGUUGGAGGAGAUGUCACCUUGACUUUUGUCCAAUACUAACCUCAUGCAAGUAAGAUACAAGAAUUGGUCCACAAGGAGCCUUAAGCAGACAUCAUUGUGUCUAAAUCUUAGUGCAAACCCAAGCGGAAGAAGACACUAAGGCAUCUUGAUUACAGUACUCUUAUGUCUCAGCCAUCAAUGAUCUGCUUUAAUAACAUCUUGGUUUACCACUUACACGUUCAUAAGGUGCUUUCAUGACCAUUUUCUUUAGCCUUCCUUAGCAAUUCUAGCUUUGUAAAUCUUGGAGUAAUGAUAUUGUUCUUCAUAGUGAAAAUUUUUGAGAAAUUUGUAAAAUUCCUUUUAGUACAUUUCAGCUGUCAUUGAUAGCUAUACAUCAAUGACUCCCUCUGGGACCUCUUUACAUGAUACCUGUUUUGUGUUUGUGUGCUGGUUAUCUGACAAGUACUGUACUGUACCUUGACGCAAUAAACAAAUUGAUUCACA